AUGCGCCCCCUCACCCCCGCCGACCUCAACCCUGCCAUCCUCAACGUCCAGUACGCUGUCCGUGGCGAGCUCGCGAUCAAGGCCGACGAGAUUCGCGAAAAGCUCGAGAGCAGCGAUGACCAUGGCCUGCCGUUUAGCAAGGUCAUAUCCUCGAACAUCGGUAAUCCACAGCAGAAGGGGCUUGAUCAGCCCCCUCUGACCUUCCCUAGGCAGGUAGCGGCUCUGAUGGAGUACCCCCCGCUCAUGGAGUUGGUGAAGGACAAGUGGACACCCGAUGUCAUUGCCCGCGCCCAGGAAUUACACGACGCGAGCGGCUCCAUUGGUGCUUACUCUCAUAGCAAGGGUGUGCCACUCAUUCGCAAGCAUGUCACACAGUUCAUCUCAGAGCGCGACGGCUUCCCCAGCGACCCCGAGGACAUUUUCCUCACCACCGGCGCGUCCUCAGGGGUGUCCCUCAUUCUGAACACGCUCAUCACUCCACCCAAUACCGGGAUCCUCAUCCCAAUUCCCCAGUACCCACUCUAUACCGCAGUCCUCGCACAGUUCAGCGGCGUGCCCAUCCCGUAUCAUCUUUCCGAGCCCGACGGUUGGUCCACGACGCUGCACGAGAUCGAAGGCGCUCUCGUCAAGGCUGUGAAGGACGGCAUCAAGCCCAAAGCGCUCGUGAUCAUCAACCCGGGUAACCCUACCGGCGCGCUGCUCGACAGACACACAAUGGAGGCCCUCGUACAUAUCUGUGAAGAUAACAACCUUGUGCUACUCGCAGACGAGGUGUACCAGGCGAACCUGCACCGGCCGGACGAGCACCCAUUCCACUCGUUCAAGCAGGUUGUGCGCCGAAUGGGCUCGCCCGUACCCCUUUUCUCCUUCCACUCCAUUUCCAAGGGCGUCUCUGGCGAGUGUGGGCGCCGUGGCGGGUACUUCGAGUGCUGCAACAUCUCGCAUGAAGUGCGCGCGCUGUUGUACAAGAUGGUCAGCGUCAGCCUCUGCCCGCCACUCGCAGGUCAGGUCGGCGUCGACUGCAUGGUGCGUCCGCCCAAGCCCGGCGAGCCGUCGUACGCGCUGUGGAAAAAGGAGACGGACACGAUCCACGCAGCGCUUCGCCACCGCACGCAGCUGAUGGCCGGGCGCCUGAACAAGCUCCCGGGUGUCUCCUGCGUCAACUCUCCUGGCGCACUGUACCUCUUCCCCCGUCUCGAGCUGCCGCCCACUGCCAUCGCCGCCGCGGAGAAGGUGGGUAAGACCGCGGAUACGCUCUAUGCGCUGGAGUUGCUGGAAGAGACCGGUAUUUGCGUCGUGCCCGGGUCUGGGUUCGGGCAGAAGGAGGGCGAGCACCAUUAUCGUGUGACUUGCCUGUGCCCGGGUGUGGAGGAGUAUGUCGGCGCGCUGGAGAACUUCCACAUGAAGUUCCUCAAAAAGUACAACGCAUUGCCUGUGAAAGAUUAG